AUGAGCAUACAUGUUUUCUUGAAUUACGCCAACACCAAAUACUACUCUAACAUUUGUCCAUCGCCGCAACAUUUCCCAAAUGAUCGAUACAAUACAACUAUUAAUUCUCUGUUCCCUUGGGCACGUGGUACAAGGAAAGAGAUUCUGCCAUACGUGGGUCCACGUCCUCCAGUUGGCAUUCAUCGCUUCAUCAUGGUGCUGUUUCAGCAGAAGGCUCCAUUAGGGGCGGUGGAGCAGCCAGCGUCUCGUGCAAACUUCAACACUCGGCUUUUUGCAAGGCAUUUGGAUCUUGGUCUCCCUGUGGCUACUAUUUACUUUAACUCUCAGAAGGAGCCAGCAAGCCGUAGGCGUUGA